CUGAACCUCUUCUCCCUCCUGCUCGUCUCCGCCACCGAGGGCUGCGUCUUCGCGAGUGUCGUGGGCUGCCUGUCCGCGCCCCUGGCCACCGCCUUCUGGUCGCUGUUCCACUACGAUUACGACUCUGACGUCAUCAGCUGGAGGCCUGGCUGGACACAUACGUCAGGUGAGGAUUUUUAAAAAAAAUAUUUUUUUUUCCCUCCUACCAACCAGUGACUACAAUCAGCGUGUUCUCCAACAGAGACCGACACAAUCAUAACAUUAUAAUUUUUUUUAAUGACUAAACUAUAAAUAGCUCGACAAAACAUUGUCGGUGCCGAUCCGCGAGCUUCCCAUCUAUUAAACACACUUGACCAAAGCCUGGCAACCGAGUAACGCAUUUUAUAAGAAUCGCAAUGGUCAUUAGCUUCUGGGAGUUUUAUAUUGCUGGCUUAUUUAACACGGCGCAGUCUAUUGAGAACACCAUCAUCACAGCCAUGCAUAACUGACAUACCCAGAGAAUUAGUAUUAAAUACACGUUCACUUUGUACAUUCCAGAUGUUCAUUUAUUUAUUUUUUAAAAUAGUUUUAAUUUUAGUUUUAUAACAUCUUAUCUUCCAAUUUAAAAUAUUGUCUUUGAAUUGUAUCCUUGUUUUAAAAAUAAACUUGACAUCACUUUUAAACGUGUCACUUUUAUUCUCUCCCCUUCCAAUCCCGAUCAUGGCCUUGACCUCUCCGUGACCACACGAUUCCCGACACGACCACGUUCAACUUUUUUGACCAUAAUCAUUGGUAUUUUAACGUGACCCCCGAUACCUUUAACGUGACCGCGUUAAUUCACCAACGUGACAACUCUCAUUAACAACGUGUUUUGAAAUCCCUGAAUACAUCUUUUGACUUGUCACUCACAACCCCGUUCAAAUCGCGACCCCCUUAAUUGACCAUGAUCCCUGAAACCCCCGAAUCUUUCCACACGUACCCUCCAAAUUGACCCCAUGCCUCCUGCUUUGUUCCUGCACGCUGCCUCCCCCCCCCACCCUUUUUACAGCCUUCACACUGGCCAGUGCCUGUCUGCUCCUGCCCGCAGUCAUCGCCUACAACGUCUUUGCCAUCAAGGAUGUCAAGGACGCCAAGAAAGAGGAGAAAGGAUAUUCGGACGUCUCGAGCUCCGAGUACGAAUGGGAUUAG